GCGUCGGAACAUGAUGAGGUUCGAACGGAGUGUGACGUUUGAGAAAAGAGAGACUUGGUUUGAUCCGAUGGUCUCUACUGGUCUCAUCAAUAAGGGGAAGCUCUGUUUCCUGAUGGGCGUGGUCCUCUGCAUUGGGUUCCUGUCUCUGGAGAUGUAUAUUGUGCACCAAAAGAAUACCAUCCUCAUGCGAGUUACAGAGUCGGUUGUGGAUAGCAUCUCCGACAGGAAUUACACCCUUCAAAUUAAUAUAACUAACUGGGAAAAAUUAAAAAGAAGUAUACUACCGAACAGAAACAUCACGCGUACGAAGAUAGAUACUGAUUCCAAUUCUACUGAUAAAUCAGCAUCAGAGCUUCAUUCUGAGAAACAAGAACUGCAAAAAAAUGUUUCAUAUCCCGUAAAUGAAGCACACCAUUCCAAAGAGCCAAAAGGAAAGAUGGGAAAUAUUUCAUCACUAUCCAUAAAAGAAAAACAUGGCACAAGUGUUACCAAAACGUUGAAACUUUCAAAGCCUUCUUGUAGUGGUUUAUUUGCAGGAGAUGGAGCCGCAAUAGCAGCAUCAAUCAGAUAUUCUCGCCUACAUCCCCAUUCAUCAAAGAACGACUACGUAUGGGCGGCUAGAAAUUGUACAGAUUUUAUACGAAACAGAGGCUACAUAACAAAUUCGGCCCCAGAGGAGAAUGAGUUCCCUCUCGCUAUAAGUAUACUCAUGUACAAGGACGUGGAGCAGGUGGAGAGGCUUCUCAGAACCAUUUACAGACCAUCAAACUUCUACUGCAUCCACAUGGACUUCAAAACAGCUCUCAAAGUGAAAAACCAAAUGAUAAGCAUUGUUAAGUGUUUCCCAAAUGUGUUUUUUUCAUCCAAGCAAGUUGAUGUUACAUGGGGACGCUUUAGCGUUUUGGAAGCCGAGUUAGUAUGCAUGAGAGAUCUGCUAAAGUACCCUGGGUGGAAAUAUUUCAUAAAUUUGACAGGUCAAGAGUUUCCUCUCAAGACCAAUUUAGAGAUUGUUCGGAUACUGAAGAUCAUGAAUGGGGCGAACAGUGUUGACGCGAACACACAAAGCAGGUGGAUACGCAGACGAUGGACGAAAGCGUUUCCUACGCCGCAUGGAAUCAUUCCUUAUAAGGGAAACGUGCACGUUGUUGUUUCCAGAGGAUUUGUGGAUUAUGCCAUAAACGACCCCAUAGCUCAAAAUUUUACUGAAUGGCUAAAGCAGACCAAAGUUCCAGAUGAAACCUUCUUUGGUACUUUGAACAAUAACCCGAAGCUUCGUGUUCCCGGCUCGUCCACAGGACGCAUCAGUACUGACUACCAUCUAAAGCCUUACAUCGCCCGAUUCAAGAACUGGGGGCCAAGAUGGGGAGAAAAAUCAUUUGACUGGCCGUGUAAAGGCAAGCGCGUUAGAAUGAUUUGCAUUUUUGGUGUGGGGGAUCUACGACUGUUGUCCUCCAGGAGAGAGCUGUUUGCCAACAAAUUCCACAUCGACUAUCAGCCCCAGACGUAUGACUGCAUGGAUGAAUGGAUCAGGAACAGAACCAUACAGGAAUAUAACGGAACAUUUACUAUGAACUAUGACUUUUAUGAAAAAAUGCCCCACUUAAAGUAUAUUUACAGAACGCCUACAAUGAAAUGAAUGUAACCUGAUAGUGUUUACUCGUUGACCAUCAUGUAGAGGGCAAGGUUGGAACGUCUACCACGAAUAGCUGCAAGACCGCUAGUGCGGCGUAAAACAUCACUCAUGCAUCCGUUGCUAGUGGCAACCCUGAAAAAUCUAACAGAAAUCAAUGAACACUCACUUUGUCAGCUGACAAUACGAUGUCAGUCGAGAUGUGAUUAUCUUAAUACAGGGAUUUGGUACCGUGACUCCAACAUUCUAUUUGUAGUUUUAACAUUGAAUAAAUACACAUCUGACUCGA